GAAUUCACCCAGUUCGGGUCGUAAAUCUUUUCAAAGUGGCAAAUGGAUGAUGGCUGAACAGUAGGGGAGCAAAUUCUGAAAUUUUCAUCUUGAAAAACCCUAGCCGGCGGAGGUCAGGAGGCGUGGGCGCACGGCCGCACGGGCGCGGCCGCCGUUCGGGCCUGGGGCGCUGUCGCAAUAGGAGAGGGUCAGAGAGAUGGUGCGGCCUUACGCGGUGAAGGGGCGGAAGAAGAAGCGCAAGCUCGAGGAGGCGUCGGCCUCGGGCGCUGCCCCGCCCGCCGAAGAAGCAGAGGAGCUGCCACCGCCAGAGGUGGGCAGCGGCGAGGAGGAUGAGGCAGCGGCGGGGAAGGAGGAGCACGCGGCGGCGGACGGGCUCCCAAUCAUACCCAGGACAGUUGAUGGGAAGCGGCGACCCGGCGCCAUCUUCGUGCUCGAGAGGGCCUGUCUCGAGGUCGGCAAAGUCGGCAAGACUAUGCAAAUCUUGAACUCAGAUGAUCAUGCAAAUUAUUUGAGGAAGCAGAAUCGCAAUCCUGCAGAUUAUAGGCCUGAUAUCAUUCAUCAGGCUCUACUAGCAAUAUUUGAUAGCCCUCUAACUAAGGCUGGAAGGUUACAGGCUGUUUAUGUAAGGACUGAAAAGGGAGUAUUGUUUGAAAUCAAACCUCAUGUCCGCAUGCCAAGAACAUUUAAACGUUUCUGUGGUUUAAUGUCACAAUUGUUACAAAAACUGAGCAUUACGGCAGUUGGGAAGCGUGAGAAGCUUCUUAAUGUUGUUAAAAAUCCUGUUACCCGCUAUCUACCUGUUGGUGCACGUAAGAUUGGCCUUUCAUUUAGUGCUGAGAAGUCAGUCAACUUGUUUGACUAUGUUGCCAAAUCCAGUGACGAUGAACCCCUUGUGUUUGUGGUUGGUGCCAUGGCCCAUGGAAAGAUCGACAAGGAAUACACAGAUGACUACAUACAAAUUUGCAACUACCCUCUCAGUGCCGCCUGCUGUUUAAAUCGGAUAUGCAGUGCUCUGGAGCAGAAGUGGAACAUCCAAUGAGAGGAACUUUUGACACAAGCAUGGGAAUCUUGUUUUGUUAUAUACAAUUAGCUAGUAGCAUUCCCUGAUUCUUCAUCUUACAUCUACCGCCUUCUGUUUAUGUACAACACCUAGCUUUGGCUUUGUUCGAGAGUUAAGAGUCAAAUGUUUCAGUGUAGCAUUAUGACUGUUUUAGACAUCAACGCCGGUGCUUAUGAUUCAUGGGCUUAAAACUGGUCUAUUCAUCAAGUUAUUCUAGCUAAAAACCGAGUGUUUGCGUGAAGAGACCGAACUUGGCUUUACUCAAACAUUGCUGCGCGAAGAGACCAAACUUGGCCUUAUGAUAUGCUUUAGUAUAAAUUUUUUAUUGUAAUUUUAGAUCUAUACUUUUCUGUAAUUAAUUCAUAGAUGCAAUUUCUAUGGUUCAA